CUUGUCAAAAACAUGGACGGGCAAUGCGCUGGCGCAGGAGCUUUAAGAGCGGGCCUAGUUGCCUACAGGACCCAACAUGCGCCCAUUCUUGCUGCCUGGUUUCGUCUCGUUGCCUUCCUAGCUAAUCGUCAUGGUAGCAUUCCCAACCCCUUCGCAAGAGCCGUCGGCAAGUCAAAGCUCCCCUUUUGGGGUGCGACACUCAGCCAACGCAGCCUACGACGAGUCGCCGAGGAAUGAGCGCUAUACGCUCGCCCAUCAAGCUCACCCGGAUGUAGUUAGCCUCACUGCAUCCGAGCCCGCGGCGUCCCACCACUCCCGAUCCACGUCUCGAACAAUCGCCGCGGAGUUGGAAGCCUCACAGCCUUCAAAGACAGCUACGAAGGGAUCGCGAACCGCCGUGGAAUUAGACAGCUCGCCACGUGCAAACUCGACGUCGGAAACAGCAGUGUCCCGCCUCUCCCAGCCAACGUCUCAAACGGAUAGGUCGCCUGGCUCUACGAGCAUAGAGCUAUCCCUCGUGGAAUUAGAAGGCUCACUGCCUUCGAGAAGAGAUGGGCUACCUCUUUCCACGGGGGGAGCUCGAGCUGCCGCUUCGGCGACCUCGAGCGCGCCCAUCUCACGGCCCCCGCCUCUUCCGCCCCGGCGCUACGAUCCAUCUCAAUUGUACGGCAGACACAACUCAAAAGUAACUAACACCGACGGCACUGUUGAAAGACUCCGAAACAGUGAGAUCGUUCAUCACCUUCAUUUAUGUUUCGAGGAUACAGGCGGUUUUAACCUCGAGCUGGAGAGGCUCUGCCUUCGCAAGCUAGACUCGCGACUAAGGAAGUGCCCCAAAAAUGACGUCUCCCAUCUCCUAGUCCCGACAGCGGCCGGAAUCACUAAUCACUAUGCCCACCAACACAUCUUCGCGAAGCUAGGUAGAGUUAGAGGCGAUCAGAAACAGCAUUCCCGAAGCUCUGCCUUCCGUCCAGAGCACUUCCAACAUUUAACGGAUGAGGCAGCCUACUGCUAGGUAGCAAACCAUCUUCAAAACUAGAAGAUUCACCGACAACACAUCACAGUGCUUCC